AUGCACUACAGAGACGUGCACUCAAACGAAAACGGCGAAGAACUGACGAUUCGGGCACAUCCGCAAUCAGCAGUGGUGACUCGUCUGCAUUCGUCGAUUAAUUCCACCGAUGUCUCACAAACUUCACGCUCUUCGGCAAAUACUUCCAGCACCGGCACCACAGGUCGUGCUAUCAAAUUACAAUUUUCGGCACGUGCACGCAAACAACUUAAGAAAAUGAUGCCAGCGAAACACAUUGAAAAGCAUGCUUUAGAUUCUGAGGGCAAUUUGAAAUGUCACAAUGUACGACCGUUGGCCAGAUCAAUGAGUCGUGCAGAUCACGCGUUACUCACAAUGAAUACACGACAAAUCUUUACCAUAUUGGCCAUAGCAUUGAAUUUGAUCGGCGAUGACAUACAAUUGUGUGAUUUGGUACGUUUCAUUGACGAAGAGCAUGUAAGCACAAAAAAUGUGCUACCCUACUUUCCUGAGAACAUUGCGCCGCAUAGCAAGAAAAUGUUGCAGGAAAUACAAUUUUAUAAAUACCCUACGAAAUACAGUGAUAAGGCGUUACGUGAUCAUAUCGAGUUAUUUUCAAAAUUUAUCAACAUAAAAUCAUUUAAUCAGCCAGAUUUAAUAAAACUCACCGAACGCUAUGUAACUGAACUAAAUCUACCAGCAGACAUAACAACCUACGUCGAACGUUUGAUCAACUUACUGCCACCACAAAUGCGUACGCGCGUUCCUUAUGUUUAUCCAGCUUACGAAGCACGCGCUAUGGCUUACAUAAUAUUGGUGUUGAAAUUACUAUUCGGUCUCGAUGGUCAUACAGAGAAAUUAAUAACGCAUGCCGCUAGAAAAACCAAUCAGUGUUUGCAAAAUCUAACUGAAAAAGGGCGUAGCGCAAAUGCCAAUCUCACACCACCGCCACCACUAUUUAUUUGGGAGGAUUGGGUGGAGUUCAUCGAAAUGCGCAAAGUUAUAGUUUCACAUUAUAACUCCAAUUUUUGCCAACAAUUCAAGCAGUGUCAGAGCACUGCACAACUGUUGGAGGAAAUGGAAGAGGAGCAGCGUACAAAAUUGGAAGAAGCAGCGCUUACCAAUGAAGGCGCCACAGCUGAAAAUAGCUCUAGAGUCACCACCAUGCAUCGCAUAUUCCAACAAUUCUUGGAUGAACUGAAUAGCACCAAUCCAGAAGAACGCAGUGGCACUAUUAUAUUUCCACCCAGUCUAACACCUGCACAUUCAUAUUUCAAACGCAUUUUACUAUAUUGUUCGAAUGCUGGCGCUAACGCGGCCUACAAAAUACCGGAAUUCAUGCGUAUCGAUCACAUGCAACGCACUGCCGCACCAUACGUGCACGCGAAGGACUUGCAGGAAUAUUUCACAGAGCACAACUGGCAGUUGCUGGUACGACACUUGCCGUGCACUAAAGAACGCAACUGUGUUGGCAUAUUUCGGCCGUCAAACGACAAUAAAGAUCGUGUAAAGCAUGAUAUCUGCAAUAAGAAAGCUGACUUCAAUAUAAGCGAAGACAAAUGGCUGGCAGAAAUUGAGGAAGAGGAACUCAUUGAGGAGUUGGAAUUUAAAACAGAAUACGAUAGAUACGAGAAGAGUUAUGUGAAGAAGAUGCAGACAGAUACAAUAAAACGGCUGCAAGCUAUGCAAAUAGCUGCCGUCAGCACACAAUUUGAUAAUGUAGUAGCUGCCACAAAUCAAAAUCAGGUGCCGCGUAUUGUGGAUGCUGCCGAUGAGUGCUCUAUACCAGCACCACCAGACGAAACUUUAGUGGCAAACGAUGAAACUGACGUAUCAGCGCUGCAUUCAAUCAAUGCUUUCAGUGAAUGUGAUAUGGAACCGAUUAAAAAAUCAGAUGUACCAUUAAUUUUACAACCACGUAGAGGCCUCAAUCAAAUACGGCUCUUCGAUGGGCUCAGCGACGAUGAAGCUGACAUUGUAGAUGCCAAUGAAAUCGAUUGCAAUACAAUUGUCAAUGAAGCAGAAAGUACAUGCACCUUUCUCACCACCAAUAUGGAUUGUUGGACUCUGCUGGGCUAUUCACAUAACCUCAAUAGUUGUCAGAAGAAAAUACUUCAAAGCAAGUUUUCACGUUCAUUUUUCUGGUUGCUCGAAACAUGUGCACAAUCCAUCAAUGUCGAUUGGUGCAUAUUAUACGAGGAACUGCUGACACUUGAGCUAAUGUUUGCCUAUGGUAUUGAAGAUUUGACAUUUUUUCAAGAUUGUAUACGUUUUAAGUACAAUAAUCCAAUCAAAGAUUUCAAUAUGAUGAUCAAUUCAUACAGAGAAUUGUGGUGA